AUGGCCACCCCUAGUGUCCUAGCCUUUGACGCCGAGGGUCGCGCCAUUGAUUUUGAGGUCUGGCUAGAUGACCUGCAGCUUUUCUUACAGUGCGACAGAGCUGACAGCCUUUCUCUCUUUGACCUCACCUCUGGCGCCUCUCCUGCUCCUGCUGCCGAUGCUGAUCCCACUGUCCGCUCUCAGUGGGCCACCCGCGAUGCUGCUGCACGUCUUGCUGUGCGUCGCCACCUCCCUACCUCUGAGCGUGCGCAUUUUAGUCAGUACAAGAGUGCUCAGACCUUGGGUGCUCUCCUUCCCCCUUGCUGCCCUCUGUUGCCUCUGCUGCUGCGGCCCGACCUGCUUGGUCUUGAGUCGGUCGGCGCGGCGUCUGCCCCUAGUGGGAGACGUCGCUCUGGCAAGGGCAAGGGGGGCAAGGGCGCGGGCGGAGCUGGAGGGGGCGGUGGCGGUGGCGGCGGAGGCGGCGGAGGGAGUGGGGGUGGCGGCAGGAGUAGUGGUAGUGGUGGUGGUGGUGGUGGCAGCAGCGGCGGAGACGGUGGUGGUGGUGGCACCGGUGGUGGUGGAGGCAGCAGCGGGAGUGGAGGCGGUGGAGGUGGAGGCGGUGGAGGUGGAGGCGGUGGAGGCGGCGGCGGAGGAGGCGGUGGUGGUGGAGGAGGUGGAGCUGGUCGUGGUGGUACCCAGCAGCGGAGCGGCGGUGGUGGUGGCCAGCGCUUGCAGCGGCAGCAGCAGCAGCGUUCGCGGGACAUCCCUCCGCCUCAGCAGCUUCGUGAGUGGUACACUGCGCGUCAGAGGGGUGGGGGUACUGGUCCCUGCGCCUACGUUCUUCGUUCCGGGCGACCGCGCGGGGCUGGUGUAGCGAUCUUUGAUCUUGAUUUUGAUGCUAUCCUUUCUGCUAUGUAUGCUGUGACUUAUAGUGAGGAGAAUGAGAGUUACCGGUGUUUCCAGCCCGACCCGGGCAUUGGUACUGCUGCCCUAGGUACUUGUGAGGCUGCUGCUCUAGGUGCCAGUGCGUCUGCGCUCUCAGGUACUAGUGAGACUGCGCUCUCAGGUGCUGGUGAGACUGCGCUCUCAGACCGCACUACCCUCACGCCACUUGGCCGACCGGUUGCGGUCUCCCUUGCUGACCCCUCUGGGGGUCCUGUCCUGUCUCACUUCUCCACUGUCCUCCCGUGUCCGGCUGCCCUUCGGGCACCCUGUCUGGUCUGUACCUUCCCUCGUUCUCUACGAACUUGGUCAGGUGCUGCUGCUGCGUCCCGGUCAGGUCCUGAGUCUGCCCCCUGGUUCCUGUCGCCUCCUGUCUCACGAGACUCUCCUGUGGCACCACCGGCCUUCCUCGUGUCCCCUGUGUCGAGGGUCGCCUCCGGGCUACUCCUCACUCUUCCCACUUCCCCCCGACAGAGGCUCCGCUGCAGGACGCUUCACAUGGAUGUGUGGGGCCCGGCCCCCGUCCGUGGGCAGGGUUACGAGCCGUACUUCCUGUUGGUGGUUGACGACUACUCGCGUUACACCACAGUCCUCCCCUUGCGCAGCAAGGGUGCUGUCACUGAGGGUGGCAGUUUCUACCACCCUCCUCCUCGUCGUGUUCUGUCCUCCCAGGACGUCACGUUCGACGAGUCGGUCCCCUUCUACCGUCCUCUUCCCCUACCGCACCCCUUCCCUCCCCCCUCCCCGGACUUCCUUGUGCCGGUUCCCCCCCCGGUAGACCCCCUUCCCCCUCAGGUUCCUGCUCCCUCAGGUGUGUCCCAGGUAGACGCGUUGACCCGGUCGAGGUUAGUGGUGACUCUGGUGCUGCUGCGGGUGCUGAGCCUGGGGGUGCUGACUCUGGGGGUGCUGUCCGCGGGGGUGCUGAGCCUGGAGGAGCUGCUGCUGGGGGUCCUGAGCCUGGGGGUGCUAGUGCGGAGGGUGCGGAGCCUAGGAGUGCUGCGCCGGGGGGUGCUGUCACUGGAGGUGCUGGGUCUCGGGGGUGCUGAGUCGGGAGCUGCUGAGCCUGGGGGUGCCUGA